UACGUGUACCAUUUACUAUAUUUACUAUUGUUUACCACUUGCGGAAACGUGCAGCGUGUGUGGUGAUUUGAGUAUAGAAAAUAAAUCUGUCAAUACUUUCUAUCAUUAUUUGAUAACGUACAUCGAAGAAUUAUCAACAAGAAUCAUUUUACAAAAUUUUGGUGAUAUACGGGCAACAUGUUUAGUUUGGACGAAAUUAGCGAGCAACUGAAAAAUGUCAGCCGAAAGUCGGUUGGAGUCUCCUUUGCCGGUCAAUCGCUCGUAUUGGAUACUGCGGAUAAUGCUCUUGGAGUGAUAGAAGCAAUAAGAGAAUGUCCAUGUUUGGAGUAUUUGGAUUUAGAAGGAAAUACAUUAGGUACAUUAGCGGCAGAGGCUAUAGCUGAGGUAAUAAAAGAGAAGGGAACUCCAUUGAAAAAAGCUUUAUGGAAGGACAUGUUCACUGGUCGUUUGAAAACAGAAAUUCCAAAAGCAUUGGAAUAUCUAGGAACAGCAUUAUGCAUAGCCAAUAGCCGACUUACUGAACUUGAUUUGAGUGACAAUGCUUUUGGUCCAAUUGGUAUUCAGGGAUUAGCAAAUCUGUUGACAUCAAGCCCAUGCUAUACUCUUCAAGAAUUGAGAUUAAACAAUAAUGGUCUUGGUAUAUCAGGUGGAAAAAUGUUAGCUAAAGCAUUGGAAAAGUGUCUUGAGAAUAGUUCCAAAGAAGGUGCACCACUUGCCUUGAAAGUUUUCAUUGUUGGUAGAAAUCGUUUAGAAAAUGAGGGUGCGCAAGCAUUAGCAUCUGUAUUUGAAAAACUGAAAACGUUAGAAGAAGUUGUAAUGCAACAAAAUGGCAUAUACCACAUAGGUAUUGCAGCAAUUGCACAGGGAUUAUCUGCCAAUCCUAAUUUACGAGUAUUAAAUUUAAACGAUAAUACGAUCGGGUUGAAAGGGGCUAAAGCGCUCGCUAAGGUUUUACCACUUUUCCGAGGUCUGGAGGAGCUAAAUCUCGGAGAUUGUUUAUUAAAGACUAAAGGGGCUUUAGUUUUAGCAAAGACAUUAGAGAUUCACGGCAAUCAUACAUCUCUUAAAUACCUAGAUUUAAGUAAUAAUGAACUACGUAUGGAUGCUGGAAAUGCUAUUGCUGAAGCCACAUAUGAUAAAACUCUUUUGACAAACUUACAGUUAGAUGGCAAUUGUUUUGGAACGGAAGGACGCGAAAAACUUCAACAAAUUCUUACAAAGUUGGGAAGAAUUGAUGCAUUAAAUUCUUUAGAUGAAGAUUAUACUGAAGAUGAAGAAGAAGAAGAUGAUGAUAAUGAUAAUGAUGAUGACGAAAAGAAAACGGAUGAAGAAUGUGAAAGCGAUAAUAAUGAGGACGAAAUAAGCGACAAAGAUAAAAAAAUGCAAGAUAAUGUUGCACAAAGCACAGUAGUAACAGUAGCAGAAUUUUUGAAAUCACCAACAGGCGAGAAACUAUUACUGCUACAAGGUGAUAAUGAACAAGCCUUCAUUGAAUAUGCAACGAACUUGACAAAUCAGGAUAAUGGGAGUACAGAACAGAAAUAUAUAGAAGAACUUUUGCGGAUAACCAUGAAAGUAUCAGCAUUAUGUGAUAGUGGCUAUAUGAAUGUGAGAAUAAAAGCAGAAUUUUUAUCGGAUGCUUUGUAUGCAAAGCUGUUUUCUUAUGCAAUAGAGAAAAACCAAAUCUUGAAUUUAAAUAAUGCACUCCUAGUAAAUCUUGGCUUAAUAAAAGCUGAAGACAAAAGCAAAGGUAAAAUUGAUUGGAAUUUAGAGGGAUGUUUUAAAGCUUUGGAAAAGAUUACUCAGAGGGACUAUUUUUUGGCACAAACAAGAAAUAUGUUAAAAAUAUUUCUAGAGCAACCAGUGAAGACUAAUCGUGCAAAUGUAGUAGAUCCAUUUCAAGAUUCUAAAGCUGAUCUUAUAGCUGUCCUGAACAACAUUCAAGUUACAUAAAUUUAUCUGGAAUUAUUUUAUUGGAUAUGAUAUAUAGUUAUUUAUUUUUAUACAUUAUAUGGAAAAUAGAAUAUUUCGUGUAAUCAAUUUUAAUUGAUGCCAUUGUAGAAAUCUUGCAAGAUUUACAGGCAAAUAAUCUUUACAAUUUUAAAACAAAAUUUUGUACUUUCAAUAUUAAACUUUUUUAGUACAAAUAUAGCUUGCAACUUUUAUUAU